UUUGUUUUAAUAAAAAAAAAAAAAAAAAAACUAAGGGAUUUGUACACCCGCAAUUUAAAAGAAAAAAUACAAAACAACAGUAACAACUAAAACCGGUAAAAAAUACGGCAGACAAGGUGACAAAGGGACACGAAAAGGUAACGGGAGGUCAAAAGCUUAACCCGGCAACAACGGAACAGGGAGCAACAACAAUUGCAGCACACACUGUGUAACGAGGUAAACCGGAGUCGGCUGAAGGUACAGUCCCCCCCCAAAAAAAAAAGAAGGAAAGUAGGUACCACUAUCCAAAUGUCCAAGAAUACGAUGGAGCUCAGCCAGUGCCGCCUCUGCUGCCGCCAUCAUCCGUUGCGGUUUUGCCGCGCAUUUCAAGCAAUGACGCCUGAUGAGCGGUACGAGUCUGCGCGUAUACACAAGUACUGCGUCAAUUGCUUGGCGACGUCGCAUUCAACCGGCUCCUGCAGCUCAGCCGACAGCUGUCACCGGUGUGGGAAGGCGCACCACACAAUGCUGCAUCGUCCACCAUCAUCACCACCGGAAAGCACUCGCCGUCCUAACUCGCACGCACAAGUUCGCCGUGAACGAUCGACGCUAGCCAGCCGUGUGGUCAAACCAGCCGCAAAGCAAGCUCAAAGCGGAAAUACUGCGGUCCAACGGCGCAUCCGCGAUUUAUUCAACCGGGCGGUGCUGACCCUCGAGAAGUUGCAAGAGUUGCUCAACCUGGCACCGGCGCAGGCGGGCCGGCAUGUUGCGGACAUGAGUCCAAAUUUAAUCGAAUUCGAUUAAUAACGUUUGAAUUGUACAAUUAAUGCUUAUUGUUUCAUAAUCCGCGUGCGGCUGGCAACGCCAUUUUACUGUACACCAUUGUGAAUUAGUCAGGUGAAAUAGCGUUCUUGUUGUAAUUGUAAGCGGGGCCACGGGGUGAUUCGUACCCGCAAUUAAAUUGCUAGUAUCAGUAUCUUUUUACGCGCCGUCGCAGCCGCAUCGCACCUCUCUUCCUUUUUUUGCAUAUAACGCCCCUCGGGAAAAAUUUUGUCAUACCUUUAAUGACCUAGCUCUUUUAAUACCAAACUGAAUUAUUGAAGUCAAUAAAAUAAUUUGCGAAGCAAUUGUAAUAUUGAAA